AUGCCUGGAAGAAUAGAAGCUCCAGUUGUGAAGAACAAGAAAGUUCUUUUUAAAAUGUACAUUGAUGGGAAUCCCAAAGAGUCUGAUUUCGAAAUCAGCACCGAAAGCACCAUCAAAUUGGAUGUCCCAGAAGGCUCAAAUGGUGUUUUGCUCAAGAAUCUCUAUUUGUCUUGUGAUGCUUAUCUGUGUUUUCUCAUGCAAGGCGCAAAAUCUUCCAUGGCCGAAACUUUUGAUGGUUUCAAGCUUGGAGACCCAAUAGGAGGAAUGGGUGUAUCGGAAGUGGUGGACUCGAAGCAUCCAAAAUUUUAG